AUGGGGGAUGGGGGAUGGGGAGCAGCGACCAGCGGAGCAGAUAGCCGACCGUACACUAUAGCGCACACCGAGUGUAACAUCGGUACGGUCACCGGGAUCGAGUCGUCCGAGCUAGUUGCUGUUGACUACUAGUAUAGUAAAAUAUUGCCAACCUCAUUAAAAGGCGUCCGUAUUUACCACCACAUUACUGGUACAUUUCGGAAGAAGAUGGAGGAAGCAAAACGCAAAGCCGCAUCGCAGUUCAAGAUGCAGGGACAAGGAAGGAGUGAUUGGGGUGAAGAGCUUCGUAAGAAAAUGGAGUCUUACAAUGACUCCGAGACUGUGACAGAAGCCAAGGAGGCAACCUCACUCUCAGUCAUGUUUAGCCUAGAGAAGGCAGUGACUGGUUUGACUCAUGUGUUGGGUGUACUUCAGGACCACAACAUUACCUUGGAUCACAUAGAAUCCCGCCCGUCAGUAUCCGACCCCGAGACCAAGGAGUUCCUUGUGACAAUUCAGAGGAAUCAAGACAGCGAUCUGAAGCUGCUAGACGUCUUGGAUCAGAUCAAGCAGUUUGUCAAGUCCCUAGAGGUCAUUCAGGGGUCAAAGGAUGAUGUAGUCUGGUUUCCAAAGACAUUGGAGGAAAUGAAUCCCUGCUUGACACGGCCUCUGUAUGCAGAGUUGGAACCAUCACACCCUGGAGCAAAGGAUCCUGACUAUCUGGCCCACCGCAAGAACUGUUGGGAGAUUGCACAGAACUACAAAAUUGGCACUCCAGUUCCCCGCAUGGAGUACAGUGAGAAUCAGAUCAAGACGUUUGGUGCUAUCUUCAGUAAGCUCAAGGUCUUGUACCCUACCAAUGCUUGCAAGGAGUUCAAUCAGAUAUUCCCCGAUCUUGUCAAGGAAUGUGACAUUCGUGAAGACCACAUUCCACAGAUGGAGGAUAUUUCCAACUUUGUCAAAAAGCGUACUGGCUUUACUCUGCGUCCUGUAUCAGCCUUACUGUCAGCUAGAGACUUCCUGAGUGCCUUGGCCUUCAGAGUCUUCCCUGCUACCCAGUACCUCAGGCACACCUCAAGUCCAUUCUACACACCAGAACCAGACCUUUGUCAUGAGCUACUUGGACACUGUGCGCUGUUGGCUAAUCCAGAAUUUGCUCAAUUUUCACAGGAGUUUGGUCUUGCCUCAUUGGGAGCUCCUGAUGAGUUUGUCAACAAAUUAUCUUCUGUGUACUGGUUCACAGUUGAGUUUGGUGUUUGUCAAGAGCCAGGUGGUAGAAAAGCUUACGGAGCUGGGCUUCUUUCCUCAGUGGCUGAGAUUCAGUAUUUCCUAACUGACGAACCAACAGUGAGACCUUUUGAUGCAAACGAUACAAUUAAUGCGACCUAUCCAGUCGAAGGAUUCCAAACAACAUACUUCCUGGCAAAAAGCUUCUCUGAUGCGCUGCAGAAAAUCAGGAGCUUUGCUGCCACCAUACCACGACCAUACACUCUGCAGUAUAAUCCAUACACUCACUCCAUUGAGGUGCUUGACAGUAAGGAGAAAUUACUCAAGGUGGCUGAGCGAAUAAAUGGUGAGGUGAGCCAGCUGAUGGAGGGAAUCAGCAAGCUGAAAUGAAGAGCGCCCUCUCUUGAAGAGGUGCAGUUAAAAUUGUUGAGGGUGGUGUCCAUUGGAGUAUGCUGUGGUCAGAGACCCCACUGUCACCAUGCUAAAUGAGGACAGAUUAGAUGUUGGUGUGAAUAUAGCACAUACUGUAACAGUUUUUUUGCUGUUUUAUCAGGAAGUAGACAUAGUAUUCAGCAUAAAUAUUCACGGGUGACUUGUAUUGUAUCUAUCUAUAUAAUGUUGUCUAUAAAUCAGCAUGACAUUGACAAAAACUAAACAGUUUCAAUACAGACAUAGUUGAAGACCUGGUUUUGUGAUAAAAAAAAUGUUUUAUUGGUUUUCAACAGCUGCAAGUAUUACUAUAAAACAUAUCUAUAUUCUACUUUUCUUUAAAGCUAACAAGAUGAAAUAAUAUUAGGUGAAGUAAAUUGGCUGCAAACAUGGAAAAAGUUUGUUCAUUAUGGUAUUUCUUGUUGAAAUUGAUGUGUGUGGGGGGUGUGUGUGUGUGUGAUGGGGGGGGGGGGGGCCUCCAGUGUAAAAGUUUGCAGUGCAGCCGCAUGGUUCGCCUUGUAGUAAGCCCUACUUAUUUGAAUUUCCCCGGAAAUUUUGAUUGACUUUUACACACUAGACAUGCUAGCCCUGGCAAACUCCUGGUAAAUUGCUUAUUUCCCAUAAAAAUAUUACCUUAUAGUCCAGUCAUACUGCAGCUGGACCUGGAAAAAAUUGCAACAGAAUUGAUUUCAACUGUUAUGGGGUCUAUAGACACCCAAGUUUAACAUAUCAAAAGUCCUCCAAAAUCCAAGUGUCGGAAAGCCGUCAAAUUUGCAUAAUUAUGUUAAUUAGUUUCCGCCAUUGGCUGAAAAUGAAAAAAACCAUGCAUAUCUUCACAACAAAGAGGGCUAGCAUGCUCAAAAUGGUGUCUAUACCCAUGUUUUCAUGGUCAAUGAACCCCAGGAUUCACCCACUUAAAGGGGAAGGCGUACACAUUCACUCUUAAAAUUAAUAGCAACACAAACUUAUGGUUAGAAGCCUAUUAUAGCAGCUUUCGACAGUAUCAUGGUUUUUUAAAGAAACGUUUCACUUCGGAGGAAAAUGGCUGUGUACAAAAUUGUAUUUACGCACCAAAAUAGGACUGAGAAGCGUUACUGUCAAUAUUGUUUUUCAGACUGUUUAUUCAUAUAGGGAUUAUUCGUCCUGUGUGGACAUAACUCGCUCCGGAUCUGUGGCGAAACCAUUCACCUUUGAUAAGUAGUUUCACUUGUUAUUUUAUUGUAUACUGCUGCAGUAUCUAUAUAUAAGGGGUUACUUUCAAAAGCCGAAUGUACACUUUAUGUGAGAUAUCCCGGUUAGCAUGCUGGAAUUAAAUUCAUACUUCUCAGGAAGUGGGCGGGAUUCAAAUCCCCAGCAAUU